AUGUCUGCUCGUCUUCUUCGCGCUUCUCCUUGUUCUCCGUGCCUCGACUGCCAUUUCCGUUCGUUUUGGGAGGUUUUUUGGUGCCAUUUCUGUGUUUCCACCGUCGAGGUGACUGAGGAUAUUCCUCAUGUGACUGAGGAUGUUCCUCAUGUGGAUGAGGACAUUCCGACUGCGGACGUAGAUGCUGCAGACGUAGCUGCUGAUGGUGUUGAGGGAUCACCUGCUGAGCAUGGCGAGAGAUUCCCUGGUGGGCCACAUGACACAUCAUUGCUGACAUCAUUUGCUGACCAUGUGGCAUAUAGUAUCUGGAAAGUUGAUAAAUUUGGGAGUCCAGCACCUGAGAUUGAAGGCCAUGUUGCCGGCACCAGAUUAAGGCCACUGAUUAGGUGUUCUGUGGUCACUGGGGAUCCUGGACUUAUAUCCGCAUUUGCAGAGAGGUGGCAAAGGGAGACCAGCACCUUCUACCUUCCAGUGGGGGAGUUGACGAUCACACUGGACGAUGUGACAUCUCUCCUCCAUCUUCCCAUCACAGGGGCAUUACAUAGGUUUGAGCCUCUGGGCAUGGAUGAGGCGGUCUUGCUAUUGACGGAGCUUCUAGAGGUAUUUGGCGAGGAGGCUCGAGCUGAGACCAUACGUGCUCAUGGGGCUUACGUGCGACUGUCAUGGCUCUGUGAGGUGUAUAAGAGUAGAUGCCAGGCUUGA